GGUAUUGAUUAUGGGAUGCUGAGCUGCAGAAACCUGGUUGGCUCGGUUCACAACUGCAGUUUCUGCCUCAGUGGAUGUGGAUCAGAGUUCCUGCAGUUGGAAUCAGAACCUGAAGUAAACCCUCUGACUGCUCCAGGUAACGUCACCUGCGCUCUGAACGAGUUCACCUGCGCCAGCGGCCGCUGCAUCUCCAAGAACUUUGUGUGCAACGGCGAGGACGACUGCGGCGACGGCUCAGACGAGGUGGACUGCGCGCCGUCGUCCUGCGCUCCCAACGAGUUCCAGUGUGGGAACGCGUCCUGCAUCCCGGCCAACUGGGUCUGUGACGACGACGUCGACUGUCAGGACCAGUCAGAUGAAGCUCCGGCUCGGUGCGGCCGCCACCCGACGCCGCCCGCCAAGUGUUUGUCCAGCGAGAUGCAGUGCAGCUCUGGAGAAUGCAUCCAUAAGAAGUGGAGAUGUGACGGAGACCCCGACUGCAAGGACGGCAGCGACGAGGCCAACUGUCCUGCGCGGAGUUGUGAACCAGAUAAGUUUAAAUGUGACGAUGGCAGCUGCAUCCAGGGAAGCAGACAGUGUAACGGCUACAGAGACUGUGAUGACGGAUCGGAUGAAAUCAACUGCAAGAACCUGACUCAGUGCAACGGGCCAGAGAAGUUCAAGUGUCGCAGCGGAGAAUGUAUCGAAAUGAGUAAAGUGUGCAACAAGAUCAGAGACUGUCCAGACUGGAGCGACGAGCCAAUCAACGAGUGCAAUGUGAACGAGUGUCUCCUGAACAACGGCGGCUGCUCCCACAUCUGCAAAGACGUGGUGAUCGGCUUCGAAUGCGACUGCACACCUGGACUGCAGCUCAUCGACCACAAGACCUGCGGAGACAUCAAUGAGUGCAUGAAUCCUGGUAUCUGCAGUCAGAUCUGCAUCAACCUGAAGGGCGGCUAUAAGUGUGAAUGUCAUAACGGCUACCAGAUGGAUCCGGCUACCAGCGUCUGCAAGGCUGUUGGGAAGGAGCCGUGCCUGAUCUUCACCAACCGCCGUGAUAUUCGCCGUCUGGGUCUGGAGAGGAAGGAGUACACGCAGAUCGUGGAGCAGCAGAGAAACGCCGCGGCUCUGGAUGCAGAUUUCAACCAGCAGACCAUCUUCUGGGCCGACCUGGGUCAGAGGGCCAUUUACAGCACCGUCCUGGACAGGCGAGGCGACGUCGGCGUCCAUAAGAAGGUGAUCGAUAACGUCCAGACUCCUCUGGGCAUCGCUGUGGACUGGAUCUACAAGAACCUGUACUGGUCCGAUCUGGGAACCAAAACCAUUUCUGUGGCGAACUUCAACGGAACCAAGAGGAAAGUUCUGUUCAACACGGGCCUGAGAGAACCCGCCUCCAUCGCCGUGGAUCCUUUAUCUGGGUUUCUGUACUGGUCUGACUGGGGAGAGCCGGCUAAGAUCGAGAAGUCUGGGAUGAACGGAGCGGACCGGCAGGUUCUGGUGGCGACCGACAUCCAGUGGCCCAACGGGAUCACACUGGAUCUGAUCAAAGGCCGGCUCUACUGGGUCGACUCCAAGCUGCACAUGCUCAGUAGCGUCGACCUGAACGGAGACAACAGGAACAAGGUGCUGCAGUCUGCAGAUUAUCUGGCUCAUCCAUUCGCCGUCACCGUGUUUGAGGAUCGGGUUUUCUGGACCGACGGUGAAAACAAAGCCAUCUACGGCGCCAACAAGUUCUCUGGUUCUGAUGUCGUCACGCUGGCCAGCAACCUGAACGACCCUCAGGACGUCAUCGUCUACCAUGAGCUGAUCCAGCUGGCUGGAACCAACUGGUGCACAGAGAAAAACGGCGGCUGCAGCUUCUUGUGUCUUCCUGCUCCACAGAUCAACAAACACUCCCCCAAGUACAGCUGUGUGUGUCCUGCAGGCCAGGAGCUGGCGGCAGACGGCCAGCGCUGCAGACCCGAAGCCAAUGUGAGCACGUCUAUCCAGGUGGACUCCACCACCAGAGGCUCUGCUGCUGCCUGGGCCGUCCUACCCGUCUUGCUGCUGGCCAUGGCUGCAGCCGGCGCCUACCUGAUGUGGAGGAACUGGCAGCUGAAGAACCAGAAGAGCAUGAACUUCGACAACCCAGUCUACCUGAAAACCACAGAAGAAGACCUCAACAUCGACAUCACGCGCCACGGCGCCAACGUGGGCCACACCUACCCAGCGAUUUCAAUCGUGAGCACAGACGAUGAUUUAUCCUGAUCUCAGGAUUUAGUUUUUUCUCCAUGUUUCCAUGCCAACGGUUCGCCGUUACAGCAGCCCUUAAGUUUCAACCACAAGCCUUCAGAAGUGCAUCAAGUCCUGAUCUGUGGUGAAGAGGAAAUGUUAUUUAUUAUAUGAAUACUUCCAGGUCUCUGUCUGGCUGUCCAGAGAUCAGUUUCCUCUCUGAGGGUCUUUCUGUGUUCAGCCUGGACUGAAGAACUGAAUCUUCAUCAAACUGUUUCCUGGUUCUGAUGUAAACCGGGUCAAAGUUCUCAGGUCUUAAUGGGGAACCAAGACUGGAGACUAAAAGACGAAUAUUUAGUUAUGAAACGGGAUGUUAAUAUUUCUGAUCAUGCUUUGUGGCUAAUAUUAGGGUUUCUUCUGUUAACUGCAUUAUUAUUGCUGCUGAGGUCACCAUGGUUACAGCGUUUGUAAACAGUGUAAAUAUAUUUCCUCCCUCAGAUGUGACUGUAAAUCAGGACUCUCCUCAAAGCACUUUGAUCAUGUUCUCUGUAAAUAAGAUUGUAUGAACUGACUUGAAUCCAUUUUUUGCUCUGGCCGUUUCCUCACCAGAGUUCAGAUUUAUUUAAGGAGCAGAGGAGGAAAAACAUGAAUUUGGUAAAAAUGACUAUUUUGUAUGUUUGUGCUGUUGCUGUGAACUUUUUAUAGCCUUGUACAGUAAAGGAUGAAAUGAUCUGUAACUGAAGGAACUGAUUCAGACAUUUUGAAUUAAAACAAUCAGUGUUAAAUCUUUC